CUUUGUUUAACACUGUGGAGGUGGGCACGGCAGUUUCACCCCUCUUUGGGGUUGAGGGAAGCCUCAGGGGGCUCAGAUUUGUACCUUACCAAGGUGAUUGUGAAGAACCUGUCAUCGGGGACCCGAGUGGUACUCAAGUCACACUAUGGCUACGAGGUGGAAGAGGUGAAAAUCCUCGGAAAGGAACGUUACCUGGUGGCCCACACGUCAGACACGCUGCUGCUGGGGGACCUGAACACUAAUCGCCUUAGUGAGGUGGCUUGGCAGGGAUCUGGUGGCAAUGAGAAGUAUUUCUUUGAAAAUGAAAAUGUGUGCAUGAUUUUCAAUGCUGGAGAGCUAACCCCGAUAGAGUAUGGGAGUCAUGAUACCCUGGGUUCUGCACGUACUGAAUUCAUGAACCCCCACCUCAUCAGUGUCCGUAUUAAUGAGCGGCGUCGACGAGGGAUGGAAGACAAUAAGAAAUUGGCUUAUCUUGUUGAUGUUAAGACUAUUGCUAUAGUGGAUCUGACUGGUGGCUACAACAUUGGCACCAUCAGCCACGAGAGCCGUGUUGAUUGGCUGGAACUUAAUGAAACGGGGCACAAGCUUCUCUUCAGGGACCGGAAACUUCGUUUGCAUCUAUACGAUAUUGAAAGCUGCUCUAAGACGAUGAUCCUCAACUUCUGCUCCUACGUGCAGUGGGUCCCAGGAAGUGACGUGCUGGUGGCUCAGAACCGAAACAGCCUGUGUGUGUGGUACAACAUUGAGGCACCCGAGAGGGUCACCACAUCCUCUAUUAGGGUACGUCGGUGCCAGGGGACCUCAGACAUAGUGUCCCACUGAUCAGUUACGGCCCUAAGGAAGCUCCAAAGGUUAUUUGGUUUUCUCUGGCCCACCACCCAUCAUCUCUGUGAUAGAGUCGGCAAGUAAAGCUUAGAUCCUUCCCCACAGUGCGCUAGGCCCCAGAACCGUCCUUGUUCAGAUUCCUGACAUUGUGUCCUGUCCUCUCUAUUGCAGUGGCCCUGGGAAUUCCCCAGGUCAUAAUGAGUUCUCUUAGGCUGGAAGAGCCCCCAUAGCGGGGGCAGGUCUGUCAGUUCCUGGGUGAGGAUUCUCUGUUGUAAGCUGUUCAGAGCUCUUUUUUUUAAUCAGACU